AAAAGAUAGUAAAGCAACAAAAAGAAAUAAAAAAUAGUGGAGGGGAUCCUCUCGGGAAUCGGGACCGUGAUUGGUCUCGUUCGAGGCCGAGAGUGUGACGACGACGACGAACGAUGAUGAUGAUACGAAGAAUCACAGAGAGAGCUGCUUCUGGUUGUUUCUCCAAGAACCGGCUCCUCAAAUCCUCGUCGUCUCGAUUUCACGGCGAGUCUCUCGAUUCCUCCGUCUCACCCGUUCUCAUUCCCGGCGUCCACGUCUUCCACUGUCAGGAUGCAGUUGGAAUCGUAGCAAAGUUAUCAGAUUGUAUUGCAGCUAAAGGCGGAAACAUUCUUGGCUACGAUGUCUUUGUUCCUGAGAACAACAACGUCUUCUACUCUCGUAGUGAGUUUAUAUUUGAUCCGGUUAAAUGGCCGAGAAGUCAAGUGAGUGAAGAUUUUAAAGCUAUUGCGCAAACGUACGGUGCUAUGAACUCGGUUGUGCGUGUGCCUUCUAUUGAUCCCAAGUAUAAGAUAGCUCUUCUUCUUUCUAAACAGGAUCACUGUCUGGUGGAGAUGUUGCAUAGAUGGCAAGACGGAAAACUUCCUGUGGAUAUAACUUGUGUGAUAAGUAAUCAUGAGAGAGCUCCAAACACUCAUGUUAUGCGGUUUCUUGAGAGGCAUGGCAUUCCGUAUCAUUAUGUAGCCACAACAAAAGAGAAUAAACGAGAAGAUGAGAUUUUGGAAUUGGUUAAAGAUACUGACUUCUUAGUUCUCGCUAGAUACAUGCAGAUUCUAUCGGGUACUUUCUUGAAAGGUUAUGGAAAGGAUGUAAUCAACAUCCAUCAUGGUCUCUUGCCAUCAUUCAAGGGCGGAUAUCCAGCCAAACAGGCGUUUGAUGCAGGUGUGAAGCUAAUUGGGGCAACAAGUCACUUUGUUACAGAGGAACUUGAUGCAGGGCCUAUCAUCGAACAAAUGGUUGAGAGUGUUUCCCACAGGGACAAUCUUAGGAGCUUUGUCCAGAAAUCUGAGGACCUCGAGAAAAAAUGCCUCACAAAAGCUAUAAAGUCAUACUGCGAGCUACGGGUGUUACCUUAUGGAACAAACAAGACUGUUGUAUUCUAAUAGAACAAGCAAUGACUACGGUUCUCAUCUGAUUUUUUUUUGUUGUAUUAAUAACUCAAAAGAAGAUUUCUAAUUCACUUGCAGUAUUUGUGAAACUAUGAAACAAGUAUUUACAGGACUCUCUAUCGCAUACGGUCGCUGAGGCUCAAAGAUUCAAGAGAGCAUUUGUCAGACUCAAGACAAGUUACUUGGCGGAGAGUAGACUGGAUCCCGGCAACCCAUCUCUGCUUCUGAAUCUUACUCUUGCAUUUGAACUCCAGAAGACCUUGUCCAGUUUUCAGACCAAAAUAAACAUCUUCUUCUGAGUUUUCUCUAUCUUUCCUGUAAGGCCAUGCAGAUAUCUCGUCGCAGACUCCAUAAACAACGCCUUCAAUAAGGAACAAGAAGCUUCAGUGUUCCAUGUUUCAAGUAACUUCCCUAACUCUUGGAAAAAAAAAUAGAAAAUGCUUACAUUUGAUCUUCUUGGAGAAUGUCCCACCAAUGUGUUUGCUUUUGAGUUUGAUCAUGACCUGAGAAAUUCACAGAGCUCUCUAGUUAAGUAUCUUUUAUACAGUAUGAAUGAAGCAAAUAACAGACAGAAUCCAG